AUGGUGCCUCCUGCGAUUGUGCCCACUCUAGAGACCGCUGCCGAUGUGAUCUCUCGCACGAGGAACACAGCAUUUCCCCCAAACCUGCUCCCCCUGACGGCUUCGAUCCCUGCAGACCUUUUGACUCCUACGUUGGCAUACUUGAAAAUCUCAGAGAAAUCGAAAUUGUCGUUCCUUUACGAGAGUGCUGCGACUACGGAGACCAUCGGGAGAUACAGUUUUGUUGGUGCAGACCCCCAUAAAGUCCUCAAGACUGGUCCUGGCCAUGGCCCCGCAUGCGACCCUCUUCCAGCCCUGGAGAGUGAACUUUCCCAAUACCGUGUUGCGACAGUCCCUGGGUUGGUCUUGCCGCCUCUCACCGGAGGAGCCAUCGGUUACGUGGGGUACGAUUGUGUGAAGUACUUUGAGCCCAAGACGGAGCGGCCGCUUAAGGAUGUGUUGGGUAUUCCGGAAUCGUUCUUUAUGAUGUACAACACCAUCGUCGCCUUUGAUCACUUCUUCCAGGUUGUCAAGGUUAUCACCUUUAUCUCGAUCCCGAACUCCGAUGCUGAGCUGGAAGCCGAAUACUGCAAGGGUGCAGAAACCAUUCAGCGUACUAUUGAUAUCCUGCUUCAGCCCGAAUACCCUCUGCCUCCGCAGGGUCCGAUUAUUCCGAACCAGGAAUAUACGUCUAACAUUGGUCGUGAGGGCUACGAGAGCCAUGUGACGAAGCUUAAGGAGCAUAUCGGCAAGGGUGACAUCUUUCAGACGGUACCGUCGCAGCGGUUGUCACGUCCUACUUCUCUCCAUCCUUUCAACCUUUUUCGCCAUCUUCGCACUGUCAACCCUUCGCCGUACCUGUUCUACAUCGACUGCGAGGCAUUCCAGCUCGUGGGAGCCAGUCCGGAACUGUUGGCCAAGGAGGAGAAGGGUCGCAUCAUCUCGCACCCAAUUGCAGGCACAGUGAAGCGCGGCAAGACUGUCGAGGAAGAUGAGGCGCUGGCGGACGAGUUGCGCGGAAGUCUGAAGGACCGUGCCGAGCACGUCAUGCUGGUCGACCUGGCGCGCAACGAUGUCAACCGGGUGUGCGAUCCAAUGAGCACACAGGUGGACCGUCUGAUGGUUGUCGAGAAGUUCUCUCACGUGCAGCAUCUGGUGUCGCAGGUGUCGGGUGUACUACGACCUGAGAAGACACGCUUCGACGCCUUCCGCUCCAUCUUCCCGGCAGGAACCGUGUCCGGAGCUCCCAAGGUGCGCGCGAUGCAGCUGAUUGCAGAGCUGGAAGGCGAGAAGCGUGGAGUCUACGCGGGAGCUGUGGGAUACUUUGGAUUCAACAUGUCCAGCACAGACGGUUCGAAGGAAUUGCCUGGUGCGAUGGACACGUGCAUUGCGCUGCGGACGAUGAUGCUGAAGGACGGCAUCGCGUAUCUCCAGGCAGGAGGUGGUAUUGUGUUCGACUCUGACCCGUACGACGAGUACGUGGAGACGUUGAACAAGCUGGGAGCUAAUAUCCAGUGCAUCAAGGGGGCGGAGGCGAAGUAUUUGAGCUUGGAGCGGGAGGCAUAG